CCACACCCACCCCAGUUGCGUGUGCAAAGAACAUUGCUCUAUUAAAAAUCUGCUCCCAGAGUCCCACCUCUCAAUUCAUUUUCAUUCCACGAAAUAUGGCUUCAACUCAUCUGCUUCCCCUAGCAACCUUCUUCUUACUUCUCUCCGCUUCUUAUCUCCAGAUUGCUGGGGCGGAAGCACAACCGUUGACUAGUCUCAAGCUUAACUCUCAUAUUCUUCAGGAGUCUACUGCUAAAGAGAUUAAUGAAAAUCCCGAGGCAGGAUGGGAGGCUGCUAUAAAUCCUCGUUUCUCCAAUUAUACAGUUGAACAAUUUAAGCGCCUUCUUGGAGUCAAACCAAUGCCUAAGAAGGAACUUAGAAGUACACCUGCUAUAUCUCACCCAAAGACGUUGAAAUUGCCAAAGAAUUUUGAUGCGAGGACAGCUUGGUCGCAGUGUAGCACUAUUGGAAGAAUUCUAGAUCAGGGUCACUGUGGUUCUUGUUGGGCAUUUGGUGCUGUUGAAUCAUUGUCAGAUCGCUUUUGCAUUCAUUUUGAUGUUAAUAUCUCUCUCUCUGUUAAUGACCUUCUUGCAUGCUGUGGCUUUCUGUGUGGAUCUGGCUGUGAUGGAGGAUAUCCCUUAUAUGCAUGGCGAUACUUAGCCCACCAUGGUGUUGUCACUGAAGAGUGUGACCCAUAUUUUGAUCAAAUUGGCUGUUCUCAUCCUGGUUGUGAGCCAGCUUAUCGGACUCCCAAGUGUGUUAAAAAGUGUGUAAGUGGAAACCAAGUUUGGAAGAAGUCAAAGCACUAUAGUGUUAGUGCAUACAGAGUCAACUCUGAUCCCCAUGAUAUCAUGGCGGAAGUUUACAAGAAUGGGCCAGUUGAAGUUGCAUUUACCGUUUAUGAGGAUUUUGCUUACUACAAAUCAGGAGUUUACAAACACAUCACUGGUUAUGAACUAGGUGGUCAUGCAGUAAAGCUAAUUGGGUGGGGAACAACUGAUGAUGGGGAGGACUAUUGGCUUCUCGCAAAUCAGUGGAACAGAGAAUGGGGAGAUGAUGGUUACUUCAAGAUCCGAAGAGGGACAAACGAAUGUGGGAUUGAAGAGGAUGUAACAGCUGGUUUGCCUUCCACCAAAAACCUCGUCAGAGAGGUGACUGAUAUGGAUGCUGACGCUGCUGUUUCAUUCUGAAUGUAAAUAUAUUGCCUUUCCAAUUAUAUUCUGUAUGGGUAUUGUAAUUGAAAAAUCAGCACUAGAUGUUGCCUGUAGUCUGAACCUCUGUUUUAAGGGGAACAAUCUAAAUUAUGAUUACGAUGUUCAAAGAUGUUAAGCUUUUGUUGUUUAUCUGUUAUACGAAAUAAUGGAUUAAUUGCUAUAGUUACUAUUCAGUAGUUGGAG